UGAGGGCCUGUGACAGGAUGAAGGAACUGAAAUCCAGGUCACGUGACUUGCUCUACAAGGCUGGUGAGGGUCCGGCAGCUGCUGACGUCACAGCCCACAGGGACUCCGGCUGAAAUCUAAAACAGACUGGAACCAACAAAUGAAUUCCGCGCCUUCUCCGUGGAUUUGACGCGACACCACUGAGCGGAGAGCGCGUGAAACGUAAAGGGCGCGCGUCUUACCCUCCCUCCUUCCAUCGUCCCCUCUCGGCUCCGCCGCCCACCCCACUCCUCCCCCUCCCUUCGCGCUGCGCUGCGUCCAAACAUUCAGGUUUGGGUUUUCCAGCGACAAAAGAGUCGACGAUGGUUCUGGAGAGAAGUCCGCUGCGCUGACAACAUGUGAGUUGGUACCGUGUGUGUGUGAGGUUUCUGCUUUGACGAAAGCAUUGGAAUUUCGAAACGAAAGAAGAGGGCUGCGUCCGGGGACGUUCCUUCACGAGUUGGUCUUAAAUCUUCUUUACACUUCUUUGGCCAAACUUGAGCCUCAUGUUGAACAACUUUGUCGUGGGUCUGUGUUUGUUUUAGUCACUUGCGAACGGACUCCUGUACAGAAGUCUCUGAUCAUGUUGUUAAAAGUGUGCGAACCGAGUUAAUCCACGAACUGUGUGUUUGUCACGGAGCUCAGUCUUUCAGUGGGAGCAGGAGGUGCCAGAGUGGAGGUGCUCAGGUCCUCAUGGUUCUGCCAGGGGUUGGGCUCGUGUGCUUCUUUGGCUCAUGCUGGGGAUCAGUCCGGACAGACACGUGUGGAGCUGCGGCUCCUCCAGCUGCGACCUGCUGCUCACCCAGUCUCCAGGCCAGCUGACCUCACCCUGCUACCCUCAGAAGUACCCCAACUCUCUGAGCUGCCGAUGGCGCCUGCAGGCUCCCGCCGGCUCCGUGGUGCAGCUCUCCUUCCUGGACUUUGAGCUGGAGGAGGCGCCCGGCUGCAUCUACGACCGGCUGGUGGUCAACACGGGGCAUGCCCACCUCAGCUUCUGCGGGCCCACCGCCAGCGGCCUGACGCUCAACUCCAGCCAGAACGUCAUGGAGUUGCUGUUCACGUCGGACUUCAGCGUGCAGAAACGCGGGUUCCUGGCGAGCGUCCGCCAUGUGGCCGUAGCGCUGAGGAACCAGAAGGUCACACUGGCUGGCAGCAGCGGUGGCGGCGGGACCGAGGCCAGCGGCUCCGUCUCCAUCCCGGAGCUCAGUCAGCUGACCGUCUGCUUUGAACUGGAAGGUCUCCAGCACCAGCAGCAGAGGGACUGGAUCUUCAGCUACUGGGAUGGCGGCGGGUCCAUGCAGCUGGGCUUGGCUCUGGACCAGAGCGGCGUGCUUCUGUCGGUGGGUGGAGUCACUUGCUUCGUGGAGUCAGUGGUCACGGCCGCGGACUUCUCCUCCUCCUCCAUGAGGUCCUUCUGCAUCCUCUGGUCCUCGGUCGGCACCGUGGCUGCGUUCCUGGACGGCUCCUACUGGUCCAGGCCCUGCGCUGCCUCCAGGGGGCACUCGGUGCCGGGGGGCGGGAACUUCAGACUCGGGGGUCGACAGCACCCGGGUGGGAGCAUCUACAACCUGCGGCUGUGGGACGCGGCCAUGGCGCCGCAGGAGCUGCGGCAGCUGAGCUGCUGGGCGCCGGGGAACGUGCUGGACUGGGACAACAGCUACUGGGAGGUGCCGCCGGGCCAGGCCCAGACCGAUGGCACCCUGAGCUGCAGUGUGUCUCCGCCUCACAGCCCCGACUGCUCCACUCCAGGCUCUGGCUGUCCAGCUGCUUCAUCGUCCGCUGACGCCACUAACACCCUCGCUACUAACCUCCAUGUCCCGGACUUGUCCAAGCCUAAACCCCCACUCCCCACUGCUAGCAUGUCGCUAACCAUUAGCUCCAGCAUCCACACCAUGAGCACUGCCUCCUCCCGCAGCCCCUCCCCUCCCAGCUCCCGAAGCCCCGCCUCCUCUGUCAGCGAUUCCUUUGCUGACGUGCUCUUCUACCGAGUAUCCAUGCUGCUGGAGCUCCAGGAGCCGACGCCGAGCCGAGACCACCUGCAGAGCGCCGUCUCCCUCUGGCUCAAUGACACCUUCCACAACUGGACUCACGAGGUGGACGUGGACGCUGUCAGCCUGCUUCCUCUGGGAGCUGCGGGUCACGUGGGCAGCUUUAGCUGUCGCGCUCUGCUGCUCCACUACUACGUCUCCAACCAGAGCCUGGACCAGUCCUUGGUUUCUGAGCGGAUCUCCCGCCACCGCGCGCACCUCGGGGCUGGACUGCUGCUCCGCACCGACUCCAUCCGCCUCGCUCUUAUUGAAAACUGCGUGGCAGAGACGACGCUUCACUACCGCUGGCCCGGGACCCGACCCGGCGUGACCCACCUCCUGCCUUGCUUCCCCAACAAGGAGGAGACGGCGUCCAGGACCUGUUUGAUUGACAGCCAGGAGCACCACUCCUACUGGUCCCCGCCAGACACCAGUAACUGCACCGACAUCGACGACCUGCAGGUGUCAGCAGAGAGCGCAGCAGGUGUUGCUCAGCAGCUCGCCGUCAUCUCUGACAACCCGCUGUCCACGGAGGAGGUGUCUAAAAUCGUGUCCAAGCUUCACCAGAUCGUAAAUGUGGCUAAACUCAACGUUUCUCUGGCGUCCACCGUUGUCUCCAUCAUCUCCAACGUCCUGAGCUCCGAGACUUCCCUGGUCACUUCCUCCGAGAGGGCCUUGAGGACGGUGGAGGAGCUGCUGCAGCGGGUAGACUUCGAAGGUCCGUCUCUGGCCAUCACCUCCCGACACCUCUCUCUAGGAAUAUUGACCUUCAAUGUCACCAACUUCAACGGGACGUCCUUUAGCGCUUUCCGACUCCCAAACAGCAGCGACCCGCAGAUUAGCUUUGACUCGGACUCGGUGAGCCCUCUAGCACAGGUCUUCCUCCCUCCAUCGCUGCUGUCUGGCCUCUCUCUGGACUCCUCGUCCAGGACCCGGAUCCACUUCAUGUUUUUCAGCAGCGUCAGACUCUUCCAGAGUGACCCGGGCAGCCAGGCCCUCGGCAGCUACGUGGUGGCCAGCAGCGUGAGCAACCUGAGCAUCCGUGGCCUGACAGAGCCGGUCCAGAUCCAGAUCGCUCACUUGACCGACCAGCCCCCUCUCCGUCCUGUCUGCGUCUUCUGGGACUUCAACCUCAGCGGGGGAGUCGGCGGCUGGAGCUCUGACGGCUGCAGACUGUCCCCAGCAUCAGCGCGACAGGACACCAGCACCUGCCUGUGUGAUCACCUGACCCACUUCGGCAUUCUGAUGGACAUCUCUGGGAUCUCUCCACAUAUGGACCAGAGGACCACCCAGGUUCUGACCUUCGUCACCUACGUGGGCUGCGGCAUCUCCGCUGUCUUCUCUGCCGCUACGCUUCUGACCUACCUGGCCUUCCAGAAGCUGCGCCGCGACUACCCCGCCAAGAUCCUGAUGAACCUGAGCACGUCUCUGCUCUUCCUCAACCUGGUCUUCCUCCUGGACGGCUGGCUGUCCGCCAUGCACUCCCAUGGCCUGUGUGUGUCGGUGGCGCUCUUCCUCCACUACUUCCUACUCACCUCCUUCACCUGGAUGGGCCUGGAGUCGGUGCACAUGUACAUCGCUCUGGUCAAGGUCUUCAACACUUACGUGCGGCGCUACAUGCUGAAGUUCUGCCUCCUGGGCUGGGGUGUCCCCGCCCUGCUGGUGGCAACCGUGCUUGCCGUCAACCAGGACUCCUACGGGCUGCAGGAGUUUGGGGGAGGAGCCUCGGGAGAGCAGGCCUCAGAGUUCUGCUGGAUCCAGAGUGCUGCCGUCUUCUACUCCACCUGCGUCGGCUACUUCUGCCUGAUUUUCCUCCUCAACACCGCCAUGUUCGUCGUGGUCAUGAUGCAGAUCUGCGGCCGCAGCGGCCAACGCAGCAAGCGCUCCGUGAGAGAGGAGGUGCUGCGGAACCUGCGGAGCGUGGUCAGCCUCACCUUCCUGCUCGGCAUGACGUGGGGCUUCGCCUUGUUCGCCUGGGGGCCCGUGAGCGUGGCCUUCAUCUACCUGUUCUCCAUCUUCAACUCGCUGCAAGGCUUCUUCAUCUUCAUCUUCCACUGUCUCCUGAAGGAGAAUGUCCAGAACCAGUGGAAGAAGGUGCUGUGGUGCAGCCCGCCGCGUCUCUCGGAGAACUCAGACAGCCGGACGGCAAAAACCCAGAAGGUGAGCUCAGAGCGCCUCAACAAGUCGGUGUCGUCCACCUCCUUCAGCACUGGGACCAACUGGACCUGCAAGACCAGGAGUCUGACUUGGUUCACCCGCCGGGACGCAGCUUCUGUUCCAGCAGACACGCGUGCCAGCGGCGGGCCGGAGGGCUCCUCCUCGGAGGCGGAACCCAACUCCUCCAUGCUGCCCGUCAGCCAGAUGAUUGACAAGAUGAGAGGCUACUGCUCAGCCCGGUCUGAGAACUUCUACAAGAACAUCCUCAUGUCAGACACCUUCAACAACAGCACUGGCUUCUAGACACGGAUGACCUCUGACCCUUCCCUCUGCUUCAAAGUAGUGUGACAUGUCAA